AUGUCAGAUUCAAAAAAAUUAUCUAAAAAAGAAAAAAAAGCUCAACAAUUCCGUAAGACUAAAGAUGAAAGAGAUGCAGAUAAAAUAGAGAAAGAAAUAAACAAAAAGAGAAAACGAGAGGAAGAUGAAGAGAAAGAAAUACAGAAACAAGAUGAAUCAAUUGAAGAACAACCAAAGAAAAAAAGAAAAACAAGAAGAGGUAAAAAAGGUAAAGGAGUAAAUGAGGGAAAGGGACCAAGAUUCAUAUUAUUUGUAGGAAAUUUACCAUAUGAUAUAAAUCAAUCAGAACUAAUUGCACAUUUUCAAAAUAGUUCACCUAAUAGAAUAAGAAUUAGACAAGAUAAAGGUAUAGCAUUUUUAGAAUUUGAUAAUGAUACUCAAGAAAUUCAAAGAAAAAUGGAAUUAGCAUUAAGAAUGAAUCAUACAGAAUUAAGAAAUAGGAAAAUUAAUGUUGAAUUAACUGUUGGUGGUGGUGGAAAUUCAGAAACUAGAAAAUUAAAAUUAAAAGAGAAAAAUGAAAAACAAGAGGAAAGACAGAAGAAAAGAAUUGAUGAUGAGAGGAAGAAAAAGGGUAAAUCUGCUACUUCUAAAGAUCUUGGUGGGGUUCAUCCUUCAAGAGCUGCAUUAAUUCAAUAA